AUGAAGCUAUUUACUAAUACAUGCACAUUCGAUUAUAAGUGGGAAGAUGUCACUGCAGCAAACUGGAAAAAAUAUCCAAACGAUGUUUCGACACAUGUCAUUGCUGUAGAUGUUCUUAAAAGAGAGCUGGUUAAUAACGGGACCAAGUUGAUUACAGAAAGGUUAAUUACAUGUCAGCAGAACGUUCCAGGCUGGAUUAUGAGACUAUUGAACUGUAAAAAUAUUAGUUACGUGAGAGAAGUUUCCACAGUAGAUCUGGUUCAAAGAGAAUUGACAUUGAGAAGUUGUAAUCUUACAUACUCUGAUUAUAUGAAAGUUUAUGAAGUAGUAAAGUAUACACCACAUCCAAACCAUACAAAUGAGAUCACAGUUUUCGAACAAGAGGCUAAAAUCACUGCCUUUGGUAGGAUCUCUAAACUAUGCAGUAAACUCGAAGAUUGGUCGGUACAAAGAUACAACGAUAAUGCUAAGAAGGGCAAGAUCGGGUUUGACUCCGUGUUGAAGAUUUUUAAAGAACAGCUAGAAGAUUCUAAGAGACAAGUCGAUGGUCUAGUGAAAGUAGUGGACGAUUUACAAUAUUCAGAUAUCUUAUCUGCAAACUCUUCUGUUUUCAAGAAAGAAUUUGAAAACUUGAAAAAUUCAUCGAACAAUUAA